CCCUUACAGUGAUAGUGUCAUGAAUAUAAAAAGUCCGGUCAACAGUGGACGCUUCUGCACUCUAACGGGGUUCCGAGCUGCCCGUAGCUUAGCCAACAUCCCACACUCGUCAUCACUAUGGCGGGAUAAGCUCCCGUUGGACACUUGGCUGCACUCGUCGUUGCCCAGCGCAGCUAACGCGUGUGCAAGUUGAGGUUAGGUUAGCCAAUGAACCACUUGCUGCGCUUGCUUUACAA